AGGUGAGUUUUGACACAAGGCAAAGUAUGAACCAAACAGGGACUGUGCAGGAUAAAUGGGCCAAAACUGGAUGGAGAAUAGAGCAGAAGUAUGCCAACAAAGUUCUGCUGGGCAACUGGACAGAAGAAAGACUUCAAUUCACUCGGGAGCCAAAGACAGCCAACAGCACCAAUCGUGUAGACUACCGGCCCCACAGGGACUUCAAGCCAGACGUCUCUGAGAGAGGAUCUGCCCUGCUGAGAGCUGAGGGGCUUCCAUCCAAGCAGCUAUUUGGCUAUGACAGCACACCAUCCUCACACUUGGUCACGCAGUAUGAAGAGAGCUAUGGGCGUCGGCACACCACCGCUUUGCCCACUAUGCGACCCUGGCACCCGGACAGCUUGACAUGGCAGCCUGAGAGGUCUGACCGGCCAAUUCCUGCCCUUCCAACCAACUUUGGCCUGCUGCAGUUCUCAAAGCACCGUUUGGAAAAGCAGCAGUCACACCUCCCGUCACUGACUGUGUACAGGUCAGCAUACCAGAGGCACCCACGUAGUGCCUUCUGCCAGGGCCGCUUUGCCAGGGCUUCAUGCACACUCUCCAGCCACCUCCACGCAGCCAAUCACAACAACAAGGACCUGGAUCUGAGACAGUGCUCGCUGCUACAAGUCCCAGAUCAUUGUUUCCCUUUGCUUUCGCCAUCACAAAAGGCUUAGAAACAACAACAACAACGCAGCUCUUGAAUUGCCUCACAUGUUGCUUGUUAAUUUAGAAGCGCUGCUCAAAGUGGCACUGCUUUGUGGUUCCUUUUUUUUAUUAGUCAGCGGCAUGAAAAAAUUCAACAGAGCGGACCAUUUGGGAAAUUAAAAGGAUUUUUAAAAAAAUUAAACAUGAUUCUCAUUAUGUUGCUGUGAGAGCUACUGUAGAUUUACUGUGUGUUGUGUUGUGAGUAGUUUCAGUGCUUAUGUAUAUGAAUAUGUGUGUGUGCAAGACUAAGGAGAAAGGAGGGGGGCUAUGAAUUAUGUCCACCCUUCCAGAGGAUAAUUACAUGCAAAUUCUUUCUCUCACUCUGCACACUUAAUAUCUGAAACUAAGAAUUGCCUGUCAGUACUACCCUAUAUACUCUGUGGAGAACAAGAAGAAAAGGAGGGGGGAAAAAAGAAUAAAGUAAACGUUGAUACCAGAACUGACCUGAGUAUUGAGGCAAACCAAAAGCCAUGAGUCAUCCUAGGCAACAUCUGAAGGGACAUGUCUAACUCCCAUUCCAUUAGGUGUUUAAUUACAGGGAAUCAAAGUGUUUAAUUAGGAAGAAUCAAAGAUGCUUAUGUUUGAUGGUCAACCAUCUGCGUCUGCCUCCCUUUUUCCCGCCUGCCUGCUGCCUUCCAGUGCAGCUGAAGCCCUCUGUCUCACCCACUGUUAGCUAGUUAGUCACUCUACUGUGCCGCUGAUGCCUGCGUGUCACAUGAUGCCUCUGUGCUGUGAGAAGUCUAGAGCUCAACAUGUCUUACCCAAAGCACCAUUGUGUUUGCCUUCUGAGCCACAUGAUGGUGCUAUAGCAGCACGUCACUCUCUGAAACCUGUCAGUGUGUCUUUUGAAGUCCUGAACUUUACCUUCUGUACAGUGGGAGACUUAGUUACAAAUGAGCAAACAAUGAGGGGUUU